AUGCACGAAAAGGCGCGUGAAGUCGCCGAAGAUGAAGAACCUCGCGGAAGACGACCACGAUUUCCAGCUAGCGAAUCGAAGAAAAGUGUCAAGAUUGCCUCGAACGAUUCUUCUUCUUCCCUGUCUUCGACUACGCCGCCAAAGGUUGUCGUUUGGCUGGAACCCGCCGUAACAGCAUUCACGAGUUAUUUCGGAUGGGUUGGGACGAAUUGGACAUGGUCAAAGCUAAAGCCAGUCGUACGAUGUGCGGUUGUGGGUUGGAUUUCGACGGUGCUGUUCGUGACGCCGAAGAUAGAGAUUUUUAUGGGCCAGGCGAGCUUUCUUAUUCUGAUAGGUGCGAGGUUGAACAUUUACGACCCUUUUAUCUCCGUCCUUGAACGCGAAAGUUUGAUUCUAUUCUUUGUUUCACUAGCAUGGGCAUGGGUCAGCCUCGGCGUGUUUCUCGCCCAUCUCGCCCGGCGCGUACAUGUACCGACAGUAACGUUUUUCGAAGUCAUCACUGGAGAUUACAUUGAGGCUGCACCCACCAUCAUCCUCGCUGUUUUCAUCUUCUUCGGAAGUUCUUUCUUUCUCUACAUCAAGGCUCGCCAAGGCCCAGGACCGUACAUCUUCGCGUGUAUCUUCGCCUGCAUUUGCAUCGAUAUAAGCCUGACGACCGCUGUCCUAUUUCCCUUCCCAUACUACCUCAUCGGACGAGCCAUCGUGCUGCCGUUGGUCUUCCAUUCCGCACUCGCCCUCAUCGGGUCCAUCCUCAUCUUUCCAAGCACAAUCUCCGCCCUCUUCACGACCCGCCUUACCGAUGUCCUUACACCUCUCCUUUCAGCACUUGAACACCACAAAACCCUGCUGUCGAUCUCUCUGAACUCCGAAUCGGCGCCGUCCACACUCCAGGCCAUGCGAUCCGACACGAAGAAGGUCGAAGGUGCCUUGGUCCCACUCGCCGCCGCUGCUCGGUUGCUAAAGAGCGAUCUCAUCUACGGGCGGUUCGCUCCCGAUGAUUUUCGGCCGUUGCAGGGGAUGUGCAGGAGGCUGGCAGGUCGUGCCGAUGGGUUGAGCGUGUACUUCGGGCUGGUUGACCCAGGGAGAGAGCGAUUCCCUGGUACUGCUCCACCGAGCCAUGCGAAUACGCCGGCACCGACCGUGCCUGGGACGCCGCAUGCGAUGUCUCGCAUUGCGUCUCGAGCAGCGUCGCCUGAGCGAGCCGAAGUGCCUCGGAGACGGAGAGAGAAGAGUCAAGGGAGAGAAAGAGCAAGGAGUCGAGACAUAUCUCGACGCGGAGAAGACGACGAGGGAGAAGAAUCUCAAUCGCCCGCAACGCCUCCUACGCCUAGAACAAGUACACCUCUGGCGAUUGCGAAUUCGCGGCAUAGCGCCUCGAUGCCCACCAUGCCGUCUUUGAAGGCAACGACGAGCUCUCGACCAGGUACACAACCACCUUCAAUCCGUCCUUCCAAUUCAUAUGGCCUUCCAAGUCCUCUCGCGACUUUAAGUCCGCAGCAGCAUUCACAGCAACAUUUCCACAUCCCCUCUCCUAAGUCGCAACACCACCACCAUCACCACCAUCAUCACAAUAUCCUUCACAGUUCGUUAGUCGCCUUGGCCAAAGCACGGGCCCGAAAGAAUGAAUUCGCUGUCGGUACUUUCGAGUCGCAGCGAUAUCUUAACCUCGAAGCAACGACCCUACAUGAUCCUCGCGAAGAAGAAUAUACAACGAGAUGUGUGGAGCUGCUGAAUGAGUGUUGUACCCCUCUCCUAUCGGCUUCGCAGCUUGCUCUCACGACAGUUUCCGACUGGUUAAGAAAUGUUCGCGCCGGACGUGUUAGCCAUGUCGUUGACAGCACUAUCAUCAAGCUCCUUGGCCCCAAGGUCGGAAAGAAUGCCAUAGACCGACAGGAAAAGAGGCGGAAGGCGCAUGAGGAGAAGAUAGCGCAGCUGAAGAAAGUCAGAAACGAGUUACAGAAAGCGUUGGGCUUGUUUCGCGAGGAGACAAGACAUCUCGUCCUUGAACCCUACAAAUCGGCGUUCGAGGACAGCGGACCAGAUGGUUUCGUGGAUGAACCUUUCGUCUCUCGCCCCCACACACCGUCUACUUCUACUCCAACACCAACGCAUGAGGCUACGUACAACCCUAUUAUCCAGGAACCCAGAGAAGAGGCGAAGCAUUCGGACAGUUCUAACGGUAGACGAGAAAGCGGCUACGACUACGAUCAUGGAUACCGCGAGGAGCGAACUAUUCCUCCACAUCGACAUCUUUUCCAUUGCUACGUGUACCAGUAUAAUCUCAUUCAAAUCAGCUCGAUAGCCAUCGAAAUGCUCGAUGAAAUCUUAAAACUCGAGGAACAAAGGGCCUGGCCGCAUUGUCAGUUAUGGACUCCUUUAGAACGCGCUCGAUGGAACCCAUGGCUUGUUUCUGAAGGAGUCGAACAGGCAGAGGACGACGACCCCGACGUCAUCCAGGGACUUCAGCACGUGGACGAAACCUCCUCCUACACCUCCAAGACAGAAGCAUUCGCCUUCGGCGACGCGCAUGAUUUAGGCCUGCCAAAGAAACGGGAUCCAGACGCUCUUCCGCCACGCAACACGUUCGAGUGGCUACUGACCCUUGUCUACAAAUUUAUCGUUGCGUUAGGCAGCGGAAACACCAUAUUCGCGAUCAAGGCGGGGCUGUUCACUGUCAUCCUCUGCCUUCCGACCUUGCUCAAGUCAUCAGCUGGCUUCGCGUAUAAAAACCGCUUCGUAUGGGCCAUCUUCAUGGGUCAGCUGACACUAGCUCGAUUUCGAGGAGAUACCGCCUUUGGCCUCACAGCUAGGAUUAUGAGCACUUUCGGCGGUGGCCUAACCGGAAUGGUGAUGUGGUACAUCUCUUGUGGAUCCGGAGCUGGAAAUGCAUACGGGUUGGCCGCUGUAUGUGCUGUUUGCUUUCCUUUCUUCUUCUUCGCCCGCCUCUACUGGCCCGUCCCUCCGAUGACGAACAUAGUCUUCUUCGUCACCACGCUCUUGGUAGUCGGGUAUUCGUACCAAGACGUCCACAUCGUCUUGCCAGGAUCGCCGGGAUACGGCUGGUCUGUUGCUUGGCGUCGCUUCGUUCUGGUCACUAUCGGCGUCGUUGCAGCAUUUAUCACUUCUUUCCUGCCUCCUUCGACCACGAUCCGUCGCUACCACCGAAACCUACUGGCCACAACAUCGUCAGAAAUUGGGGUUAUUUACUGUGACAUCCUAUCUUUCGCAAACACGAAACACGAACACGAAAUCCAGGAGAUCAUAUCGAGCCUCAUUGCGAUUCGAAGCAAAAUCACCCGCUCAGCCGAUCUCCGUACAAAUGUUAUAUAUGAGUUUUCGUUCCGUGGGCGGUGGCCGGCUGCGCGAUAUCAAAAAAUCGCCGACUUGCAGCUGGCGAUCUCCUACUCCCUUUCUCACCUGAUGUCGAUAAUAGAACAUCUAGAGCCUUCUUGGGCUCGUGCCUUCCUUCGUCGAACACGAUUUAUGGAUCCCGACUUUCAAGGCGAUAUUCUUGCUGUGAUCGCUAUGAUUUCCUCAUCCUUGCGCAAUGGGAGCCCAUUGCCGCAAAUUACUCCGUGUCCCUUGCUCGACCGCUUCAUGCUUCAAUACCAUGGUCUAAACGUCAUCCAUAAGGAAGCUGAGGAGGAUUACGGACUUCCAAGGUCGCUCACGAUGGAGACCUUGCAGAACGAGCAAUACAUGAUGUUUUGUGUCGGCAUUUCCACCGCCUUUGGGAUCAUCAAUCGCCUCGAUCGAUUAAUGAUCGCUGUGAAGGAGGUGGUGGGAGAACAGUAUCACAUCCAUGGCAUCGGGAUGGCCGCUGCGCUUCCUUCUCAACGGCCGCCCAGUGUGUCGGCUGGGAGGGCUGGCUUCGGGAUGGAGCACGAGAAUCGCAGGGUUGGGGUGGAACUGGGCGAGAGAACCAGCACGGUGCACUUCCACCCGCCAUCAGGGGUAUAG